AUGGUGACUGUUGCAGAACCUUCAUCCAAUUAUAUUGAUGAUGUCAUCCAUGACAAAGUAAUGAACAUUGGAAGAACUGUCUGUGGGUUAAGUAUCUAUUCAACACAGUGUGUAGGAAAGAUGUUUUUUAGGAAACUCUGCUUAUUUCCUUUCCUCCCACCACUAGAAGUUAAAACCAAGUUUUAUAAUUCAGAGAUGAGUGACUUAUUUCUUGAAGUACAGAUUCAGAAUAUUUCAUCUUCAACUGUUUUUAUAAAAAAGGUUUCCGUAGAACCAUCUGAAAUGUACACUGGGGCAGAAUUAAAUACUGUCAAUCAGGCUGGAGAAGAUGAGUGUACCUUUGGAACAAGAACAUUUUUGCAGUCAAUGGAAGGACGCCAGUAUUUGUACCACUUUCAGACCAAGAAGGAAUUUUUAGAGAAAUUUGGUAUCAUUAGAGGACUAACAAAAAUGGGAAAAUUGGAUAUAGUGUGGAAAAGAAAUUUAGGUGAAAUGGCUAUGCUACAGACAAUCCAACUUGAAAGAGAGGCUCCAAGUUAUGGAAACAUGAUGCUGUCUCUGGAGACAAUCCCAGAUACUGUAAUUCUAGAAGAGCCUUUUCAUAUUACCUGUAAGAUAACAAACUGCAGUAAUAGGAAAAUGAAAUUGGUUUUGAAGAUGUGUGAUACAGAUUCUAUUCGUUGGUGUGGAAGCUCAGGAAGGAACCUUGGGAAGCUGUCUCCAAGUUCAUCUUUCCACUUUACCCUGGCACUACUGUCCUUAAAAAUGGGCCUUCAAAGUGUCUCUGGCAUACGGAUAACAGACAAAUUAUUAAAGAAAACCUAUGUCUGUGAUGAUGUUGCAAAAGUCUGUGUAAUACCUUCCAUAUUAAAAUGAAAAGCUGAAGAAAAAUCCGAGUGUUGUGCUUUCCAAGGAGUUGCACAGAAAAACUUUUCAUACUUCUGUUAA